UUGUAAACAGUACGCUUGUUUUCUACACUGAGCUCUAUAGUAUUUUCGAUCAAGCUCAGUGGGUUUUAUAGUACACAUUUUGGUGUUCACCUUGAGUCUGUUUACAUGUUUCUGGAAUUAAUAAAGUUGAUUCCACACAUUGUUUUCGACUCAAAGCCAAAGCACGGACAGAAAUAGAGGACAAAUUGCUGACAUUUUAGUGAAAACCGUGAUUUGAAGAAUUACAUGUAGAGAGCUAACGCUGGUUAUACCUUCAGAUAUUUUUUUUCUUCUGUUGUAUAGCUUUAAGAUGUAUCGGGAUUGCUAAUGCUUUUGUAAUUUUUACAUUUUUUUAAACUAAAGAAAUGUUCUUCCUAUUUUAAUGUGAAGUGAAAACUUUCUUUAAGUCUGCGCGCGACAUUGAACCGAAGCAAUAUCACGGUGUGGAAUCGACUCUGAAGCCUUAGAGUCGAAUAUUUCAUAGCCUGGAAAUUGAAGAAUCGAGUCCCUGAAAUUUGUCAACAGGUGGAUCACCGAAAUAUUACGACUGUUGCAGUUGAUUAGUGCAGGACAGCACAGAAGGUGUAGUCUUGAGCCAGGUAUUUUCGGCUGCUGAAGUUUUUAAGAAAGCAGAUUAAGCAUGAAGAUCAGAAAAGUGAGUAAAGUUGUUUUAAGUGUGGAGCAGUCUGAGGGAGUCGGAGCAAGAGUUCGGAGGAGCAUCGGGAGAAAAGAACUAAGAAACCUGGAUCCGUUUCUGAUGCUGGAUGAGUUCUGUGUGAGGAAGCCUGCAGGUUUUCCUGAUCAUCCUCACCGUGGCUUUGAGACGGUAACGUACCUUCUAAGUGGUGCACUGGCUCACGAGGAUUUUUGUGGGCAUUCUGGAAAACUGGAUGCCGGGGAUUUGCAGUGGAUGACUGCAGGACGAGGUGUGGUUCAUGCAGAGAUGCCUGUAUCAGAUGAGCCUAUGCGGGGCCUUCAGCUUUGGGUGAACCUGCGAAAAGCAGAUAAAAUGGUGGAGCCUCAGUACCAGGAACUGAAGAGCAGACAGGUUCCCAAGCCUAGCAAAGAUGGUGUGACAGUGGCUGUGAUUUCGGGAGAAAGCCUAGGGAUGAAGUCAAAAAUCUACAGCAGAACUCCGAUGGUUUAUCUUGACAUCCGACUCAGUGAGGGCGCGAACCAUGUGCAGCUAAUACCUUUGGGUUGGACUGCUUUUAUCUACACACUCUCAGGAAUUGUGCAUACUGGGCCAGAAGACGAUCAGAAGAAAGUCGAACCUCACCACACUGUGGUUUUUGAGGAUGGUGACUGUAUCAAAGUGGAAAAUAAGACAGUUGAGGAGGCAUGCUUUGUCCUGAUUGCUGGAGAACCUGUUAAGGAACCGGUGGUGCAGUAUGGCCCAUUUGUCAUGAACUCUGAGGAGGAGAUUGAGCAAACCAUUACGGACUACAGAACCUGCACAAAUGGAUUUGAGAGAGCAAAACACUGGCAAUCAAAAAUAGGUGGAUCAGUGUAAAUGUUUGUGGAAAUAAAUGUUUUAUUUUUAUUUUUUUACAUGCUACUGUAAAACUUUAUAAGCUGCAUUUAUUUACUUUGGUGAUUUGGUGUUUUACAGUGAAAAUUAUUCCUUCUGUUUGCUGAUUGCAAUCCUGAAUUCAUUUUUUAAUUGUAAUAUCAGAUCAUAGAUAAUGACUUCUAUUAAAGGGCUUAGAGUGAAAGCAUCAACACUCGUAGCUCCACUUACAAACCAUUAAAGAGUACUGAAACAA